AUGAAGCUUGACACCAGCGGCCUUGAAUCGCCUAUGCUGAACUUUGGGGCGGGCAACGAAAUUGUUGAGGGGAUUUCGAGUGCACAGUCUGUAGAGUCUUUCGAGGUUCCCGAUGUUACCAAUUUUGAUGCGUUCCAAAAGGAGGCUACGCAGAUGUUGAAGCAUGCCAAGGGGACGACUACUCUUGCUUUUAUUUUUAAAGAGGGCGUUAUGGUUGCUGCUGAUUCUCGAGCUAGCAUGGGCGGCUAUAUCUCUUCCCAGUCAGUGAAAAAAAUCAUCGAAAUCAAUCCUUACAUGCUUGGUACGAUGGCUGGAGGAGCUGCUGACUGUCAGUUUUGGCACAGAAAUCUGGGAAUUAAGUGCCGACUGCAUGAAUUGGCAAACAAGCGGAGAAUAUCAGUUACAGGAGCAUCCAAGCUUCUGGCAAACAUUCUGUAUUCUUAUCGUGGAAUGGGUCUAUCUGUUGGGACUAUGAUUGCUGGAUGGGAUGAAACGGGACCUGGACUAUAUUAUGUGGAUAGUGAAGGAGGAAGGCUUAAAGGAAUGCGAUUCUCUGUUGGAUCUGGUUCUCCAUAUGCUUAUGGUGUACUUGAUAAUGGGUAUCAAUAUGACAUGUCAGUUGAAGAAGCUGCAGAGUUGGCUAGAAGAGCCAUUUACCAUGCAACCUUCCGAGAUGGAGCUAGUGGUGGAGUUGCAAGCGUUUAUCAUGUGGGACCAAAUGGCUGGAAGAAGCUAUCAGGUGAUGAUGUUGGAGAACUCCACUACAAAUACUAUCCAGUCACACCGGGUACGGUGGAGCAAGAAAUGACCGAAGUUGCUGGGGCAUGAGGGUUUCGCUUAAUUUAGACCAGGUUUAAGACCUUCCUCCUUUCCUUGUAGCAAUGGAAGAGUUGUUUUUUCUUUUCUUUUAGAUUAUGUAUCAUGUGCUUAUUUCAAAAACUGUUUAUUUGUAGAUCUGAGUUUCUGUCCAUGUUGAGAACCUUACCGCUAUUAUCUUAAGACCAUGGAAUACAAUGCUAGGAGGCAUUUCUUUUUUUACUGAAGUCUCAAUAUGCUUGAGCAAGCUCUACUCUGGAGACACAUGAUAAAUUCAUAUGCCCUUUUCUGAUCGUGUGAUAUAUUAUGUGAACACUUAUGCUUCAUUACUGUUAAGGGUAGCUGGUGGUAAGCCUUUUUUCCUUGGGUAA